CUCUGUGUCCUCGUGAGGCGCGAGUUAUGGAGACGCCCAGCUGCAUUCAGGAUGAGCCUUUCCCGCACCCCUUGGAGCCCGAGGCGGGAGCGCCCGCGCAACCGGGCCCCGGGAAGCAGGGAGAGAAGCAGUUCCGGCUGUGGUACGUGGGAGGGUCGUGUCUGGACCACAGGACCACGCUGCCCAUGCUGCCCUGGCUCAUGGCCGAGAUCCGCCGGCGCAGCCAGAAGCCUGAGGCGGGCGGCUGCGGGGCGCCUGCGGCGCGCGAAGUGCUACUGGUGCUCGGUGCGCCCUUUCUGCGCUGCGUCCCCGCGCCCGGGGCCGGUGCGACUGGAGGCGCGGGCCCCACCACUAUGCAGCCUAACCCUGCGGUGUUCAUCUUCGAGCAUAAGGCGCAGCACAUCGCACGCUUCAUCCACAACAGCCACGACCUCACCUAUUUUGCCUACCUGAUCAAGGCGCAACCCGACGACCCCGAGUCGCAGAUGGCUUGCCAUGUUUUCCGUGCCACAGACCCUAAUCAGGUCCCUGAUGUUAUCAGCAGUAUAAGGCAAUUAUCCAAAGCUGCCAUGAAGGAGGAUGCCAAACCCAGCAAGGACAAUGAGGAUGCCUUUUACAACUCUCAGAAGUUUGAGGUCCUGUACUGUGGGAAGGUGAUUGUGACCCACAAGAAGGCACCAUCCAGUCUCAUUGAUGACUGCAUCGAAAAGUUCAGCCUGCAUGAGCAGCAGCGCCGGAGGCUCCAGGCUGACCCCAGCGAGGACCUGGUGGCUCCAGAGGCUGAAGUGCCCCGGGUCCCCAGAGACACCCUGCAAGAGGAGGCUGAAGAUGACAUGGACACCCACCCUGGACUGCCCGCUGCACCCAGUCAGCCUGCACAGCCCAGCUCUCGGCUUUGCUUCCCUGAGCGGAUUUUGGAAGAUUCUGGCUUCGACGAACAGCAGGAGUUUCGGUCUCGAUGCAGCAGUGUUACCGGAGUCCUGCAAAAGAAAGUCCAUGAGAGCAGCCAGAUAGCACAGCCGCGCAGGAGGCACGCAAGUGCGCCCAGCCAUGUGCAGCCCUCGGAUUCCCAGAAGAACAGAACGAUGCUGUUCCAGGUUGGACGAUUUGAGAUUAACCUUAUCAGUCCAGACACUAAAUCAGUUGUUCUAGAAAAGAAUUUUAAAGACAUCUCUUCUUGUUCUCAGGGUAUAAAGCACGUUGAUCACUUUGGCUUUAUCUGUCGGGAGUCUGCGGAGCCGGGGCUGAGCCAGUAUAUCUGCUAUGUGUUCCAGUGUGCCAGCGAGUCUCUGGUGGAUGAGGUCAUGCUGACUCUGAAACAGGCUUUCAGUACUGCUGCUGCCCUGCAGAGUGCCAAGACUCAGAUUAAACUGUGUGAGGCCUGCCCAAUGCACUCUCUGCACAAGCUCUGUGAAAGGAUCGAAGGUCUAUAUCCUCCAAGAGCCAAGCUGGUGAUCCAGAGGCACCUGUCAUCCCUGUUGGACAAUGAGCAAGCCGACAUCUUUGAACGAGUACAGAAAAUGAAGCCGGUCAGUGACCAAGAAGAAAAUGAGCUUGUGAUUUUACACUUGAGGCAGCUGUGUGAAGCCAAGCAGAAAACACACACGCACAUUGGAGAAGGCCCAUCGCUUAGCUCAGAUGGUGAAAAGCAAGGAGCAGAACAGCAGGAGUGUCGUACUUUCUCAAACAGUACAAUCCCGGAAAAUGCAACAAGUAGUGGAAGAUUCAAACUUGACAUCUUGAAAAACAAAGCUAAGAGAUCCCUAACUAGCUCCCUGGAAAAUAUCUUCUCAAGGGGAGCUAACCGAAUGAGAGGCCGUCUGGGGAGUGUGGACGGCUUUGAAAGGACCAACAGUCUGGCCUCAGAAAAGGACUACUCGCCAGGGGACUCUCCUCCAGGGACGCCGCCAGCCUCUCCCUUGUCGUCAGCGUGGCACUCGUUCCCAGAGGAGGACUCCGAUUCCCCGCAGUUCCGGAGAAGGGCGCACACGUUCAGCCACCCACCCUCAAGUACAAAGAGAAAACUCAACUUGCAGGACGGGAGGGCGCCUGGCGUGCGCUCCCCACUGCUCAGACAGGGCUCCAGCGAGCAGUGCAGCAUUCUUCCAUCAAUUCGACGCAUGCACAAGGAGAGUAAUUCUUCCUCCAGUCUUCCAAGUCUUCACACUUCCUUCUCUGCCCCUUCCUUCACUGCCCCCUCUUUCCUGAAAAGCUUUUACCAGAACUCAGGUAGACUGUCCCCACAGUAUGAAAAUGAAAUCAGUGAUGGAGAAGGGAGAAAAAGGACCUCGUCUACCUGCAGCAAUGAGUCCCUAAAUGCCGGAGGAACGCCUGUCACUCCUCGCCGGAUCUCCUGGCGGCAGCGCAUCUUCCUGCGGGUUGCUUCGCCCAUACACAGAUCUCCCUCAGCAAUGCAACAGCAAGAUGGGCUGGACAGGAACGAGCUGCUGCCACUGUCCCCUCUCACUCCCACCAUGGAGGAGGACCCGCUGGUAAUUUUCCUGUCUGGCGAGGAGGACCCAGAGAAGGGUGAAGAGAAAAAGAAGUCCAAAGAGUUUAAGAGCUUGUGGAAAAAGGCUAUACACCAACAGAUCUUGUUGCUGCGAAUGGAAAAAGAAAACCAGAAACUGGAAGCCAGAAGAGAUGAGCUUCAGUCCAGAAAAGUUAAAUUGGACUAUGAAGAAGUUGGUUGCUGUCAGAAGGACAUCUUAAUAGCCUGGGAUAAGAAGUUGUUAAACUGCAGGACGAAACUCAGAAGUGACAUGGAGGACAUUCACACUUCACUCAAAGAAGGCGUCCCCAAGAGUCGACGAGGAGAGAUUUGGCAGUUCUUAGCUUUACAGUACCGUUUAAGACACAGAUUGCCCAAUAAACAGCAACCUCCAGACACAUCCUAUAAGGAACUUUUAAAGCAGCUCACUGCUCAGCAACACGCCAUUCUUGUGGAUUUAGGAAGGACAUUUCCGACUCAUCCUUACUUUUCCGUGCAGCUUGGGUCUGGGCAGCUGUCCCUCUUUAACCUCCUGAAAGCCUAUUCUUUGCUGGACAAGGAAGUGGGCUACUGUCAGGGCAUCAGCUUCGUGGCUGGAGUCCUGCUUCUGCACAUGAGUGAGGAGCAAGCCUUCGAGAUGCUCAAGUUCCUCAUGUAUGACCUUGGCUUUCGCAAGCAGUAUAGACCCGACAUGAUGUCGCUGCAGAUUGAAAUGUACCAGCUCUCCAGGCUCCUGCAUGACUAUCACAGAGAUCUCUACAAUCAUUUGGAAGAGAAUGAGAUCAGCCCCAGCCUUUAUGCUGCCCCCUGGUUCCUCACACUGUUUGCCUCUCAGUUCCCUCUGGGAUUUGUAGCCAGAGUUUUUGAUAUAAUUUUUCUUCAGGGAACUGAAGUUAUAUUUAAAGUGGCGCUCAGCCUGCUGAGUAGCCAGGAGGCACUUAUAAUGGAAUGUGAAAACUUUGAGAAUAUUGUGGAAUUCCUUAAAACCACACUUCCAGAUAUGAAUACCUCUGAAAUGGAAAAGAUCAUUACCCAGGUGUUUGAGAUGGAUAUUUCUAAACAGUUACAUGCCUAUGAGGUGGAAUAUCACGUGCUACAGGAUGAGCUGCAAGAGUCUUCCUGUACCUGUGAGGACAGCGAACCUCUGGAGAAGCUAGAGAGGGCCAAUAGCCAACUGAAAAGACAGAACAUGGACCUCCUAGAGAAACUACAGGUGGCUCAUGCUAAAAUCCAGGCCUUGGAAUCCAACCUGGAAAAUCUUUUGAACCGAGAGACCAAAAUGAAGACAUUAAUCCGGACUCUGGAACAGGAGAAGAUGGCUUAUCAAAAGACAGUGGAGCAUAUCCGAAAACUUGUGCCAGCCGAUGCUCUAGCUAGCUGCGAAGUACUGCUAAGAGACCUCAACUGCAACCCCAACAACAAAGCCAAGUCAGGAAAUAAGCCAUAGCUGCAGAUAUACAUACCCAGCAGCAAGAGCUCCUUAGCUUGCUACGGAGAGGAAGAGCCUGUGCAAUGCCAGCUCACAUUGAGGGACCCACCUCCUGCUGGUCCUGGGUCCUGUAUCAGCAGGUGCAUCUUGCUCUCCUUGGAGCUUGCCACCCCUAAGCCAUCAUAGAUUUGUACACUGGGGUUUUCUCUUGUUGAUGACUGUACACAUACAUGCACACGCAUAUAUGUAAAAUGGAAAAAAUGUUCAUGCUUUCAGGUCAAAUGAGUAAUGUAUAUCUAGUAUAGUUUUUGUGUUCUUCUUUUUUAAGUCAGAACCUCAUGGAAUCCACACCAAAGGAAGUCGAAGUGUGAAAUC